AUGGCGUCGGAUUACGAUCAUGCGGCGCCCGACGACCGUCUGCAUGCCCACCCCGCCGCCCCUAUGGAACCCGCGUACCCUGGCGAGAGAGGAUGGCAGAACGGAGGACGCAGAACCCCCGACAACAGCAAUUAUCGAAACCAGCAGCCUUCACGCUCCCCUGGUCCCAGAACCCCUGGAAGAGAGGGCGACCCGAGACAGAGCCGCGAACGCAGCAGAUCCAAGGGAAGAGGUGGUGCACGAUCAGCUAGCGGUCAACAGAGAAUCUGCAAAAAGUGUGGAGAGCCACUCACCGGCCAAUUCGUGCGCGCACUGGAUGGAACCUUUCAUCUGGACUGCUUCAAGUGUCGAGACUGCGGCCAGAUUGUUGCCUCCAAGUUCUUCCCCGUUGACGACGAGAAUGGCGAGGGUCAAUACCCGUUGUGCGAGACAGACUACUUCCGCAGGCUUGGUCUCCUCUGCUACAAGUGCGGAGGGGCUCUGCGUGGCUCUUACAUCACCGCGCUCGACCGCAAGUACCAUGUCGACCAUUUUACAUGCUCAAUGUGUCCCACAGUCUUCGGUGCUCAAGAUAGUUACUAUGAGCACGACGGCCAUGUGUACUGCCACUACCACUACUCCACGCAGUUCGCGCAACGAUGCAACGGCUGCCAGACUGCCAUUCUCAAGCAGUUUGUGGAGAUCUUCAGAAACGGUCAGAACCAGCACUGGCAUCCCGAGUGCUACAUGAUUCACAAGUUUUGGAAUGUACGACUUACACAGCCGAGCGAAACCCCCGAGAUACCCCAGGAGAGCGAUGACCCCGCCACGCGCGAAAUCAUUAGGCAGGAGGAAGAGCGCAUGGAGGAGAAAGUCUACCGCAUCUGGAGUGUCCUGUCCACCUUCGAGGAGUCGUCCGCUGCCUGCAUCUCCGACAUGCUUCUGCACGUUAGCAAUGGCGCCUACGUCGACGGCGUGCUCGUCGCGAAGAAGUUCAUCUGGCAUGUCGAAAUUCUGUUCCAGUCCGCCGAUCGUCUGGACCUUUCCAUGGACGAAUUGAAGCUGAAAGGAUUAUCGUACGGUCGUGAAGCCAAGCUUCUUUGCAAGAAGAUAGUGUCUUUCUUUUCUCUGCUGUCCAAGACCCAGGACACGGGAGCACGGAAGCUUGGCGUCACCCAGGAGCUUCUGUCCCUCGUCACAGGCCUCGCCCACUACCUCAAGCUCCUCAUCCGCAUCUGUCUCCAGGGAGCGCUCCGCCUUGAGAAGGAGUCUAAGAGCUCCGACGGCAUUUACCAAUUCCUAGAUGACCUUAAUGAGCUGGACACUGUGAAGAUUGACGACAACACCUUGCAGGCUAUCACCGGUAACUCUCGGCUGUCAGCCAAGGACUCGGAUCACUGUGCGCUCUGCAACAAGUCAGUCGAGGAUGAGUGUGCGAAGAACUCAGAAAGACGGUGGCAUAUUGCCUGUGUGGGCUGCAAAAGCUGCAACAAGGAGCUCGGCCGCAAACUGGAGGAGGCGCGCUACAACGCAUUCGACAAUUCGAUCUGGUGCACCAACUGUGUCGGCAUCAACAGCGACGACAUGCCACCUUUUGAGCAUGUCACAAAGUUGCAGCAGUACGUUUUCCUUCUCAAGGUGGCGCUCGCAAGGUUGUUGGACAUUCUCCGAAGCAGCGGUGCCCUGCCUCGGCAGAACGAUGACCAGAACAUGGAUGGGUACGGACCAGGCGAGGGCCCUCGAACUCUUGCCCCAGGCGAGGCACCCUACCUCAACUCUGACAACCGCUCCAAAUCAUACGCUGGAGAUCAACGAGAGCACAACCGCGAGUCUUCGUACGAGAACACGCUGAACGACGUCCGCCGCCUGAGGAGUACUCGUCUCGACAAGCACUUAUCAUCUAGCUUCAGAAAGGCCCGAACCUCGCGCAUUAUGGAUGGCCCCGAGGGACGCAGCGUCCGCCCUGGAUCUGCCGGCGAGGACCUUGGACGAGGCGAUGGAGGUUUUUCGAUCGUCGAAGACCGCGGUCCAAACGACGAAGGAACGACGGAUAAGAUGUUCAACCACCAGGACGCCCUGACGCUAGACGACAUCCCCAGGAUUGUCGCGGCUGAGCAAGUCAAGGAGCAGCAGAACAAGCCUGGCCGCCAGGAGCUUUUUCGAUCGCCCGCAACUGACCCCAUGGGUCACCAGAGAUCGCAGUCUGCGGGCAGAGAGGCCGAGAUCCGCGCAGGUGACCCUUUGCCCCAGCGAUUGGGAAGGAAGUACUUUUCGGAACUUUCGGGCCUAGAGUACUUCAUUGUCCGUCACUUGGCGGUCCUGACUCUCCAUCCCGCGGUCGAGAACGAGUUUACUCUGGACGAGCUGUUAAGUUUUAUCGAGUCGCGGAAGCAGCCCACGUUCUGGAAGAACUUGGGCAAGGCGUUCAAGAACGACCGGCCAAAGAAUGCCAAGAAGAAGGGCAUCUUCGGAGUGCCUCUGGAGAUUAUCAUUGAGAAAGACGGUGCCGAGUCGACGGAUGGCGUUGGACCUGGAGCUCUCAAAAUCCCUGCCAUCAUUGAUGAUAUCAUCAGCUCCAUGAGAAAGAUGGACCUUUCGGUCGAGGGUGUUUUCAGGAAGAACGGCAACAUCAAGAAGCUCACUGAACUUGUGGAGAGGAUUGACCGUGAGGGUUGCGAUAACAUCAGCUUCAUGGACCAGCCUGUUGUGCAAGUCGCUGCGCUGCUAAAGCGCUACCUGCGCGAGCUGCCCGACCCCCUCAUGACAUUUAAGCUUCAACGUCUUUGGAUCGUUGUUGCCAAGAUCCAGGAUGACGCCAAGAGAAAGCAGUAUCUUCAUCUCAUCUGCUGUUUACUUCCCAAGGUCCACAGGGACUCCUUGGAGAUUCUGUUCUGCUUCCUCAAGUGGGCUGGAUCUUUCCAUCAGGUCGAUGAAGAAGCUGGUUCGAGAAUGGACAUCAAGAACCUGGCGACUGUUAUCGCGCCCAACAUUCUCUACAGUAGCAACAAAGCUCCUGCUCUGGACAGCGAUCCAAUGUUCGCUAUUGUUGCUGUGCAAGACAUGAUCACUUACAUCGAGGAGAUGUGCCUGGUUCCUGACGAGCUCAUGGAUCUUGUGAAUGAUCCGUUCGUGUUUGGUUCUGGAAACGGCGCUGAUCUGAGCACUAAGGACAUCCUGAAGCGCUACCAGGACCGCAUCGGCCAGAGACCAGGAUUGGGCGAAGUCAAUGAGGUCUUUAACAGACCGGACAACUCCACCCGCCCACCUCCCCGACGAGUUGAGACGGACCCCGCUCUGUGGCAACAGCAAGAGAGCAGUGUCCGCCCUGUACAGGAUCCUCUGCCUACCAUGGUCCUGCCAUACCAUCCUCAUCCCAACGCCAACACACCUCCUCAAAGGUGGCGGCCACAUGAAGAGAACGGUCACCCCUCACCCUAUGCCAACCAGCCUGAGCACUCUGAUACCGAGGGCCCAACUGAUGCUCAGAAGCGUGAAUGGCGCAACUCUGCUGCUUGGGGACGGCAGAACGGUGGUGUGGGAGUUGGUGGACAUACAUAG